GCCGUGCGGGGAGCCCUUCCCGCGCGCCGUCCCGGUCUCCCGGAGCGCUUCCUGCGCAGCCGCGGCGGGCGCUGGCCGGCGCAGUGCGCUCCGCGCGGCCGCCGCUCUGGGCAGCUGCCGUCGUCACCCGGCUGGCGGGACGGUGCCCGCGGGCAGGGGCGGCUGAGGGGAGAGCGCCCGAGGCGGCUCCGUCCGCGCAGAGCUUCGCUGGGAGGCUCGAGGCUGAGCCCGGCGCAGCCGCGGAGUCGCGCAGGGCCGGGCCCGGCAGCGGCGCAGAAAGUUUAUUUGUGAAGAAAUGGCCUCCAGCACUGGAAAUGAAAAGAGUGUGAAUCCUGUGCUCAGAAUAAGUCAGCUUGAUGCUCUUGAACUAAACAAAGCCCUGGAACAACUAGUGUGGUCCCAGUUUACCAGCUGUUUUCAUGGAUUUAAACCAGGGGUGUUGGCUCAUUUUGAACCAGAAGUAAAAGCAUUUUUAUGUCUUAUAUUAUGGAAAUUCACUGUCUAUUCCAAGAACGCAACUGUGGGACAGGCUAUUCUCAAUAUUCAGUACAAGAAUAACUUAUCUCAGACAGAGAAAUACCAGCCUCUGAGCAAACACCAGAAGUUAUGGUACCUUAUUUUCACUGUUGGUGGAAGAUGGUUGGAAGAAAGAUGUUAUGAUUUAUUUAGCAAUCGUCAACAGCAGUCUUUCUGCAAAAUUAAGACCUAUAUAGGUUUUGGAUCUGGACUUCUUAAGCUUUGUGGACUUGUAAAUUUUCUGAUUUUUCUUCGGAAGGGAACAUUUGCAACGCUUACAGAACGCAUUCUAGGAAUUAGGUCAGUUUUUUGCAAGCCGCAAAAUGUUCGUCAGAUAGGAUUUGAAUACAUGAACAGGGAACUCUUAUGGCAUGGCUUUGCUGAAUUUUUGAUAUAUCUGCUACCACUCAUUAAUGUACAGAGACUGAAACUUAAAAUUUUCUCUUGGUGCUUGCCUAUUGCAGGUCUUUCCAAUAGUGAAAACUCAUUAGCAACUCACUGCAGGGAAUGUUCACUAUGUGGGGAAUGGCCUACCAUGCCACAUACCAUAGGCUGUCCUCAUGUUUUUUGUUACUACUGUAUCAAAAGUAACUUUUUAUUUGAUAUGUAUUUUACAUGUCCAAAAUGUGGCUCAGAGGUACAGAGUCUUCAGCCAUUGGAGUAUAAAAUUGAAAUGACAGAAUUGCAUGGCUGAUAUGAGGUUGAUUUAGUUUUAUACUGUACAUGAUAUAUAUCAAGGAGAUUAAUGGAAGAAUUCAGAAAUUAUUGAAAGCAGACUGCUGAAAGAUGCUUUUGGGGACUCUGUAAUUUAUGUAACAUGUAUUUUUACUGGUCUUAGGUUUUUAUUGAGUAACAGCGCCAUAAUGCCCUACCCCACUUGGCAGGUAUGGGGAAGGUAAUUGGACUUACUCUGAAUGGUGUGUGGGAGAAACAACAACAACAUUCUCAGGAGGUUCAAGAACUUUCACUUGCAAACUUUGGAGCAUUCCAACUGAAUAAGGCACUUGGCAAACUUUGACUUAGCAAUCUUUAACUUACCCAGACACAAUGCCAUUACCAGCCUACCUAGUAGAUGGAUUAAGUGGGAAAGUUGUUCUUUUCAUACCUAAAGAAUAAUUUUAAAUUUGAAUUCCCAAUAUCAUAUUACACUAAAAAAAACCCAAAGGUAUAAAGAAUGCUUAAGGAAAACAGUGCACCUUCUAGACCUGUGUGAGAUGACAACUAAUUUUCUCAGGCAGAUAUGUCUCUGAGCUUCAAUUACAUAUAUAUUGUCUUCCCUCAGAACCUGAGGGAUGAAACCCAUCAUCCAUUGGAAUGCGGCAGAUGUUCAGGGUAACCCACAUUCUUCUGAGUUAGAGACACUGAAGAAAACUGUUCACUCACAAGAUGCUGUAGGAAUUGCCACUCAUGUUUUUUUGGUGUGGUCUAGGUGGGUGCCAAUCAGAGUUCACUUCCACACAGAAAAAGAUCAAACACAAUUAUGUGCAUGUUAACAUAUUGAAAUGUUUCAACAUGCUUUUUGCUUUCACUAUAUGCUUUCUUAGUUGCCCUUGCAAUGUUUUAAUUGUUUUAACACUUCAUCCAUUUACUCUUCAACCUGGUUUUAUAGGAUUAUUUUCUUUUUAAUUGCAAUCCUUUUUUAACAGGAAGUGUUAUUCAGAAGAGUCUCAUUUAC